CGCCGCCUCCUCCUCCACAACUUCUCCUUUCCUCCUACUCUCUCCUGGGGCAAUCAACGCGUCCUACGCUGCGUUAACCUCACCUCCUCCCCGGCCGGCGGUAAUCUCACCGACAACCUCAACAUCAAAUCCGAUUCCAAGCGACCCGAGGAAGAGGCCGAGUCCUCGCCGGCCCGGCCCUGGAAUCUGCGGACUCGGAGGGCCAAUCCGAACCGGAUCUCGAACCCGAACCCGAGCCAGAAUUUGAACAGGAGCUCGUCGUUAUCGCCGUCGCCGACGCCAAUCUUGGAGGCAGAUAAGGGAAAUUUGGCGAAAAGGGAGAGAUCGGAGGGAGAGAAAGGGGAAAGGUGCAAGUUCGCGGUGGCGUUAACGAGGGAGGAGAUCGAGCAGGAUUUCCUGAAUAUGAAGGGAUCGAAGCCGCCGAGGAGGCCCAAGAAGAGGGCAAAGUAUAUCCAGCGGCAGCUCGAUUCAUUUUUCCCUGGCUUGUGGCUGUCCGAGAUAACUCCGGAUUUGUAUAAAAUUGAAGUUGAGAAGACCUAAGUUUUGUAAUAAGUUAUAGUUAUUUGAAGAGUUUGCAAGAUGCCGGGCUGUCCAAUGUGAUCUUUUGGGCAUUUGGUUAGUUUGGUGCUUGUAUCACAUUGCACUUAUUUGCAAUUUGUGAAUUAUAUAAUAAAUGUGUUCCCAAGUUUUGUUUUUUGGUUGCGCAUUGGUUCCACAUAUUGAAAUUUGUUUUUGCUUCCUAUGUCUAUACUAAAAUUUUAAUCUUUUGGUAAUAGCAAAAAAGCAUUUUGAUGUGUCAUAGAGACUACAAAAAUACUUCAGCUGUUCGGUUUGAUUGUAUAGAAACUAACCUGCAAAUUUUGAAUCUUAUAAGCUUAAUUUUGUGAUGAUGGAGUAAGGUUUCUGAUAUUUGAAGCCUAACAUUGUGGUUUUCUUUAAAUUCAUGAAAUUCUUGUGUAUAAAUUCAUGAAAUUCUGGAAUUGAUGCAUAGAAAUACACUGAGUAGGUAUAAAUAUCCUCACAUUAAUUAUUCAGUACUCAACAAGACUUUGGAUAGGUUUGGUCUAUACAUUUUGUUAGUAAAUUGUUGUAAGAAAAACUUGCUGAAUUUGGUUUUCUUAUAUACCUCUCAUUAUCAAGCUAAGUUAUUAUUUUUCCUUGGGCUACUGUUCUUUAUUAUUUUUAUUGGCAACUUCAAGUAUGUGAAUAUCCAUUUAAACAAGUGAUGCUAAACAGAACAUCUUGAAGAUUCUAAUUCUGAAAAUGCCUAUUAUCUAUAAAUGGAUAUUCACAUACUUGAGAAUCUCGCCCACAAGCUAUAACAAUUGUGACCAGUAUUAUUUUAUUACAAUUGACAUUGUAUAUUCAAAGUUUUUUUUUUAAAAAUCUUUCCUUAGGCUACCGUUCUUUUGUUGGCCACUUCAAGCACUUAGGUUCUGUUUGUAAUCAGUUAGUUGCUUCGUGUCCUGUUUAGUUUCUUGAUGAGUAGCUGCCAAAUGAGUUUCAUGGGUUUCCUAAUGCUGUUGAUUGAGGGUUCCUUAAGUUGAUUCUUUCCAACUGCUACCUGUAUUCAGUAUUUAAAUGCUAUUAUAUUUCUAUCUCGCAUAUCUUGUUUUCAAGUUAUCUCUCUAGAUUAAGAAACAUAUGAGUUUAUAUACUUAUUUUCGUAAAUAACUUGCUAAUUGUUAUCCUAUAUCUGUCGUACCUAGAUGUAUUUAUUUAUUUAUUUAUUUAUUUUUGACAAAAAUACGCCUUUGGCGUACAUAACAACACCAACAACACCUAGAUGUAUUUAUUUUGAAUGACCUUUUUAUGAAAUCAAUUGCAUCUUGGGAGGUAACUUUUGCCUCAUAAGCUACAUAUUUGACCUCAUGAGUCAUGAUAAACUACUCUGGAGAAGUUUCUUUUAAGGCCUAAGGCUAUGCAUUACUUUGGGUGCAGUAAUACAAGUUCAUGCUAAGUCAACUCAAGCUACUCAGAGUAAAAUGGACAUAUGAAAUUUGUGAAUUAUUUUUCCUUCUUAGAAUUAAACAUGGUGAAAUUCUCAAUCAUGAACUUUAUUGUGAAUUGAUACUUCUAGUUUAGAGCUAUGUGAGUAUUUUGCUCUUUGCCUAAAAUUUAAAUUCUUAUCUGCUAGUGAGUUUUGUUAUCAAUGGUCUUUACAUGUCUGCUAGCUGCUGGAAAGCUUGUAUAUCAAGUGGGUGAAGACAUGAAAGUUCUUUUCGACCCACAGUGAACCCUUGGAAAUUUCAUCUUCUGCUCUUACAAAAUUUGUUAUCGAUGGCGUUCUGUUGCUUAUUAGUUGCUUUGGGAAAAUUUGUGCUGUUAAGAGUUGCUGGUUCCAUUUGUACAGCAUUCUGAUUAUCCAGCCAGAAGAGGGAAAACUUGAUAUUGGUAAAGUUUUCUUUUUCAGAAGAUAUCUGAUAAUUUUAUCCUAUUACAGGGGUACUGCUAAGUACUAAGUUCUUCAGGAGAAUUAGCAGAAGAAAGCUGUAUAGUAAGUGUAUUAUCUGAGUAUUCUUUUAGUGCUUUUGCUUCUUUACUUCAAUCUGCAGUCUAGUUAGUUAUAUGUAAUUUGGGAAGUUAGAUCAACGGAGUUAAUCUUUUUAACAGCAAAGCUUUGCAAUCUAUGCUUAACUUCUGUAAGAUUAACACAGCAAUCUAAAAGGUAUCUAAGGAUGGUGAGUGGUGACUAAGUUCCUUUGGUUGCUUUGUGGAAAUGUGGAAGAUCAGAAUUUGAUCAGUUAUAUGGAGUGAUUGGUGGUCGAUCAGAAGCAAAACAGCUACAAGGAAAGUUAGAUGGCUAAUGAUCGGUUGUGUGCAUAUCAUUAGGUUCUUGAUCUUGCAAGCAAACAGCACGCUUUACUUAUAUCUGGUUAUAUCAUGCGUAUCCUUCUGAUUACCUAUAAGUCUGCACUUUGUUUGCUAAAGAUGCAAUCAGUGAACAAUUUGUAUGCAGGAAACUGGCCUUUUUGGGAUGAAUACGCUUCUCUUGGCCAGUGGAAAUUUGGCUAUGUUCUUCUGAGGAGCUGUUUGGUUCAUUUCUAAAAAAAAUUAUGGAAAUAGAUUUCCUCACAAAAAACCAAAUCCAAUUUUUUUAAGGAUAUCUAAGGAAUCCAAAAGUUAUGUUUGGUUUGGAAUGAUAAAGUAAAGAGUAGGAAAGCAUAUGCAAAAUUCAUGUUUGUUGCAUUUCCGAAGAAUAAUAAAAACACCAUCCUAGAAAUCUUUUAUUGAGCUUUUUUGUGUUUGUUUCAAAACCAUAGAAUAGGAAAUAAUCUAAGAAAGUGUGAAUAAACAUACCUGAGGUAGAGUUACCCCCCUAGAAAACGAACUCACUAGUAGAAAGAUAGCAAAGGAUAUGAAUGGGUAGGGAUUGCGACGGCUAGUAUAUAGGAGUUGCAAUCCUAUAUAAAUAUCUCAGUAGCAGCCCAAUACAAGCUAGUUCAUUUUGGGCUCUUUUUUUUAUUUGCAGGAAACAGAGCAACUUUACUAUUGUAGUCAAGAUGGAGCUAAAAUGUGAUGGCAAACAAGCAAUUGACCCCAUAUGAAGUGAAGUGCAAAUGCAAGCUUCCAACGUCCUUGAAGUCAUGUGCAAAUGGAAAAACUAAAGGGAGAUACUAUUGAGGUUGUGCUAAGCCAAAUAAAGAAUGUAACUUCUUUCAAUGGGCUCACAAAGAGGGUGGUUGUAGAAAUAGAAAUCAACUAUCAUAAAAUGAAGACAUUCUUGAAGUUUGGAAAGCGAGUGUAUUGUUUUUAGUUAUAAUAUGUGUACUCAUCUUUAUCUUUGAAAAUAUGCCAUGUAGUUGCAAAAUGCAUUGAGAUAUGAAAGGAAGUUUUCA